CUGAGUCAACGAAAAAUUUAAACUGUUUCGAAAUUUUGAAAAAUGCACACAUGUAAAAAUCGUUGUUGAUCGCAAUAAAACAAAAAACAAAAAAAUAUUUAGAAUACAAUAAUGACCGGUACAGAAAUUAUACGUGAGCUUAAGUGUAAGUUUACGUCUUGCCCAUGUCAGAAGUGCACAAAAGAACGUAAUGAUAAUGGCAAAGAUGGUGUUAAUCACGAAUUGUACCAACGGGAUACUCCACCAGAACGGCCACAGCCAAAAUAUCAAUUUCAAUGCAAAUGCCUAUGCAAACCUGAAACUCUCCACCGACGUAAAUGUCCACCUGCGCUGCCACAGCCUCGACAGCCGAUUGCGAAGACCAGCAGAGGGUGUUCUGAAAUGGACGAUUGCAAUACAGGCAAGGGAUGUUGUAAUACGGAACGAAAUUUUAUAUCUUUUAUGAUGAAUAUUAUCGGUUUGAUUGCAUUUUUACUACUAGCCACUAUCGUGUUUUGGCUUUUCCUGCUUAAGUGCACAGUUCUUUUGGGCGUAAGAGUAUAUCAUUCGAAUAGAACUACUCAAGUGGCAGUUGUGAGUGGGAUUAGUUUAUUAUUUCUACUGAUAUUUUGCACUGCUGCAGCUACAUAUUUCCAGCGAUAUUUGGCUAGACGAUCAGCUUGCAAAUUUUCAGAUCCCUCUAAAUGCAAAUCACAGGCGACAUCUGCAGCAACACCUUACAUCAAAUCAAAGUCCGCAUCAACUUCAUCUUGGUUUUCCUUCAAAUGGAGUAAAUCUAAAGAGAUUGUACCGAAACAGGUUAAAACACGUUAUCCAUGGACACUGACAAAAGAAACAUCUGUUAGUAAGGCCCAAACGAGUUCAUCUUGGAUUCCUUUUAUCAAAUGGAGUCACACAUCAACGAAAGUUGUCGAGUCGCCGAAUCGAAAGUCUUGGUUACCUACCAGUAUAGGGCGACAGACGACGACAACAACAACGAAAACUGAUUAUACACCUAAAAAGUCAGAGACACGCUCUUCUUGGUUACCUUCGUUUGGUUGGCGGCAGGCACCAACCACAACAAUCACAAAAGAAGGAUCUAAUAAAAGAACUUCGUGGAUACCUUCAUUUAUAUGGCGUCAUACGAGAACAACAACAACUCCAACUACAACUAAAGAAACAACUAAAGAAACAACUAAAGAAACAACUAAAGAAACAACUAAAAAAUCUGAAACACGCCGAUCUUCUUGGAUACCUUCAUUUAUCUGGCGACAGACAUCUACAACUAUGAAGGAAGUUGACUAUACUCCUAAGCCACACUCUUCAUGGCUACCUUCCUAUAGUUGGAGUCGCACUUCAUCGAAAGAAACAUCACAACCAGCGGAAGUGACGGUGUCGCGUAGCUCCUGGUUACCCUUGUUUGGCUGGGGACAUUCACCACGUGAGGAGAUCGAAACUACAACUACUCAAACUGUAGAUCGUUCAUUUUGGAGACCUCCUAUUCAUUUGCCUACAUCGUUGAGCACGUAUUUUAGAAGCAUGACAACGAAAGAAGUUCAAAUUCCAAAGAAAGAGUCGAAGCGGAGCUCCUCUUGGUUGCCUUUUACUUUGUGGAGUAAAACAACAACAACAACGGAAAUUGCACCCUCACAACAGAAGCCAGCGGCUCGUUCAUCCUGGUUACCGUCUUUUAAUUGGCGUCAGACAACAACAACCACAACGACAACGACAAAAAAUAUGAAAAAACCACCUCAGAAGAAGUCCGAAACUUCCACUUCAUCUUGGCUACCGUCUUUCAUUUGGCGUUCUCCAGUCGAGAAAAUUCAAAGUGCGCUAACAGCUUGUGGCAUGAAGCAACAAAAAGUUACAGUUACCAUAACCGAUGAUGAAGCUCGUCAAAUAUAUAAAAAAUCUAAAUUGUAUGCGAUACCAACGGAAAUGAAACAACCGCCAAAUCUGGUUAUCUAUUUAAGAGAUUGGAUACAAAGAAAUACCGACUAAAGUCCCACCAUGUGUUCCGUGGAGCAUAAUUUUAGAGUCAAGUUCGAAUGAUUAUCUGUGUUUAUGUGUGUGCAACAAACGAAAUUUUUAAGUAACCAUUUGAAAUUAUUUCAUUGUGAAAGAUUGAUUAAAAAGAAAGACUUGUUUUUCUAAAA